AUGAGCUUCGCAGGCAUGCUGAACCGGCUUCACGGCCAACCCGAGAGCUACGAUAAGAAGGCCAAAUACAGAUUCGGUCGAACUCUCGGUGCUGGAACAUAUGGUGUCGUUCGUGAGGCUGAUGGCCCCACGGGCAAGGUGGCCGUCAAGAUUAUCCUGAAGCGAAAUGUCAAGGGUAACGAGCAGAUGGUCUACGACGAGCUCGAGAUGCUCCAGAAGCUCAAGCAUCCUCACAUUGUCAAGUUUGUCGACUGGUUCGAGUCGAGGGACAAGUUCUAUAUCGUCACACAGCUCGCGACCGGCGGUGAGCUCUUCGAUCGUAUCUGCGAGCAGGGCAAGUUCACCGAGAAGGAUGCCGCCGAAACUAUCAAGCAGGUCCUGCUUGCAGUCGAUUUCCUGCACAAGAACCAGAUCGUCCACAGAGAUCUCAAGCCCGAGAACCUGCUCUACCUGAGCAAGGAUCCCGACUCCGAUCUCGUCCUUGCUGAUUUCGGCAUCGCCAAGAUGCUCGAUGGCAAGGGCGAGUCCCUCAAGACUAUGGCAGGCUCUUUCGGCUAUGCUGCCCCCGAAGUGAUGCGCAAGGAGGGCCACGGCAAGCCGGUUGAUAUGUGGUCCAUGGGUGUCAUCACCUACACCCUGCUCUGCGGCUACUCUCCCUUCCGAAGCGAAAACCUCCAGGACCUGAUCAGAGAGUGCACCGAUGGCUCUGUUGUUUUCCACGAGAGAUACUGGAAGGAUGUCAGCAACGACGCCAAGGACUUUAUCCUGCACUUGAUCAACCCCGACCCCGAUCAGCGCUGGACUAGCGAGGAAGCCUUGGGCCACAUCUGGCUCAGCGGAAAGAACGCCACCGACCACAACCUGUUGCCCGAGAUCAAGUCGUUCCGCGCGAGAAGCCGCUUCAGGCGCAUCAUCGAGAAGAUCAAGCUCCAGGCCCGAAUCCAGAAGCUCAGGGAGCAGGAGGAGGAUCCCGAGAACUCGGAUCUGUCGGCAAUUUUCAGCGAGGUCGCCAGAGCCAAGCUUGCCGACGACAAGGAGGAGAAGGAGGUGCUGCGUGUCACCGAGGAGGUCCAGAAGGAAGCCAAGCGCCGCAGCUUCCAGGCUUAA